UAGCGUGCUAGCUGUGAAGCACCUAUAUACUGUACACACAAUUUAUAGAUGAGCAGUGCAGUAGCUUAGCCUGCCAGCGGCAGAUGUACAGCAGCAGUGAAGCAGCCUAUUCUGAAUAUCAGGAGCAGGGCAAAGGGAUGACCGAGAGUAAGCUAUAUUGCGUGUCAUCUUCGUCAUAACAAUACCGGUAUUUAUUGUGUGAGCUGGUUUUCUACGACCCCACGCAGCUCUACCCCCGUCCUAUGAUGCUGUGGUGGGUGCCGUACCGCCGGGAGGUAGCGGUGCACCCAGUGCUCCUCCGCUGAGCCAGAUCCCGGCCUCAGAGACGCCGCUAAUGGCGGCUCACCAGGGACAAACUGGUUAUGAUGGGAGAGGACACACCCAGCAGCAGAGCAGAAGAACUUCCCAGGCAGCCUCGGCCAAGCCUGGGUGCAGCAAGAGAGGAGUAGAGGGCUACGUGAAGUUCAGUUUGGCCCACACUCUCCGUAUGAACCUGGAGCCCGACCCCACAAGACUGGACCCGGAGCUUGACGUGGAGGCUCAGUUCUCGAGUAACGUGGUGAGGAGACAGAAGAGGGUGAUAGCCAACAAGAUGAGGCUCCAGUGCGUCAGUGGGUGGCUGUGGUGUCUGGGGGUGAUUCUGGUACUAGGGUGCAUUGGAGUCCCUGCAGGAAUGAUCAUUACUGGAUUUGCCGGAAUGAACGAGUGCCCCUAUCGUAACAAUGCCCUGAUUGGCUACCUGAUUGGAGGAGGGAUUCUGCUGGGAGUCACGUUGCUGUUCCGGUCCAUUCCCUCCGUUGCUACCAUUGGCAAGAACCACAACUGGUGUCGCACCAGAAACUCCUCGUCCUGCUCUGGAGGAAUAUGUGCAUUUGAGGUGGUGUUCUACGUCAUACUAGCCAUCAAUGUGAUAGUAGUCAUUCUGGGCUCCUUCUGGACGUUUGAUGGCAAACCUCCGUUCGAGUGUCCCCGAGAUGACCCAGACUGCAGCGACUACUGCCAGGAGGGGGUCUACGUGGGAGCUAUCAUAUUCCUCAUUCUCCAGUAUGUCCUCUACGUCAUCACACCCGUCUACAUGUGCGUCACCAUCUCCUGCAACUACUGGCUCAGAAAUCAAGAACUCGAGUAGAUCACGAAUCAAUGCGCACUCCUGUGUGUAGCAAUUUUCCAUUUCACCGUCAUGCACGUUUUUUUGUGAUUUACUGAUCGUGUUCUUGUUAUACAUGCUGUGUUACAUUGUUUCGAUUUUGUUGAUCAGUAUAAUUGAUUCAUUGAUGAAAAAUGUCAUAAUCAUGUAAUGAACUGAAAUUGUGUAUGUACUGGGAUGAUGUAAUGGUCAAUUGUUGCUAUUUUGGGCUUGAUAAGCGGUGUACUUUCUCAUGGAGCCGAAAGCUUUCUCUGCGGGGUAUUUCUGGGCAUUCAGAGCAAACUUUCUUGUGACGGCAGACGGCAGGUCGACCCUGCACAUCUCAGCCAGCCUCACCAGGUAGAUGAGAAUGUCACUCAUUUCCUGACCAACAUGCUCUCUCUCUGCCUCACUCCACCCUUCACAUAAAUAUGAGCAAGAACAAGGGUUUGCAUUGCAGACUAGUACACAACUACAUAGGUAAAUAAAUUAGCAGUUCAGUUGGCAGAAGACAUAAUCAGUAUACUUCAAUAAAAAAAACACAACUAGAAAAAUAUAUUCUUUUGUGCUUCAGAAGUGUAGCACUACCUGUGAGAGAGCUUGAAGAACUCGCGAUUGCAUGAAGGAAAUGUGUGUGUGCAUUCAUUAUGAGUAAAGCUCUGCAUAUUGGACGCCUGCACAAGUACAUAUUAUAACAUACAGUACCUGUAAGACCAGACUCUACCUCUCCUCUCCACUGGCUACAGAAAUCAAAAUUCACAGGUCACUUUUAAAAAAUGAGAAGCACCAAAGUGCAAACCCUAGACACACUGCGCAUAGUGUACCAUUAAUAGAUAUGCUGGAGUAUGUGUGUGUUUUGUUUUGCACCGAGGGUUAAAAACUUGG